GAAAAUGUCCGAUUACACGUUAUCUUGCAUUUAAAAUGCAUACAAAAAGGAACCUUGCCAUGGACAUUUGAAUCGAUUAUUGGAUUUCAAGCCAUUGAAAUUGGAUCGCUUUAAGAAAAGGAUCCGAUGCCCAAAUAUUUGAAGUAAAGUAUUCAUCUUCAUUUCAUUUGUUCAUUUGAUUUCCUAGACUUGGUAUCAUCCUUUACACAUGCAAUCAUCGUUGCUUUAAUUUCCAGACUUACAAAUUUGUUAUCUUCUUUUCCCUUUCUAGUUCCUAACAUUUCAAACCUUUCAGACUACGGACUCAAAGAUGGCAGAAGCUUUUUUGGGUGCUGUUGUGAACGAAGCGGUGGCGAAAGUGAUUCCAAUUGCCGCUGAACAAAUCAGCCUUGCAUGGGGUUUCAAAAAACAGCUGAAAAAACUUGGUGAGACACUUGGAAUGAUCGAAGCUUUCUUGCAAGAUGCAGAGGAAAAGCAAACAAAGAAUACCUCAGUGAAGUUAUGGUUAGAGAGGGUCGAAGAUGUUGCUUAUAAGGCUGUUGAUGUCCUUGAUGAGUUUGCUUAUGAAAUUCUCCGAAGGAAAGUGGAGAUUCGGAACCAAAUUCUGAGGAAGGUACUCGACUUCCUUUCAUGUAACAAUUCCAUUUUAUUUCGUCUCAAGAUGGCUAAUAAAAUUAAGGACAUCCUUACAUCACUGGAUGAACUUAACAACUUGGCCAGUCAAUUUGGUCUCCAACAGAGAGCUAUAGAUCAUAUAACUCCAGUUACUGCAUAUGGAGGACCAAAGGUGGAGACAAUCUCCUCCCGCGGUGACUCAAACAUUGUCGGAAGGAAACAUGAUGUUUCAAAAGUAGUUAACCUGUUAGUCAAUCCCAAAGAUAAGCAGGUUGUCUCUGUUGUGCCUAUAGUAGGUAUGGCAGGUCUUGGCAAAACUACUUUAGCGAAGCUGGUUUAUGAUGAUUUGAAUGUGCAAAGGCGUUUUGUCAGAUUCUGGGUGUGUGUCUCUGAUCAUUUCGAUGUCAAGAGGAUUUUAAAAGAGAUGUUAGAGCAUUUUACUGAUGAUCCGAUCUCAAUUCCUCAAAAUAAGAAUGCAAUGGUUGAGAAACUCAAGCAGAAGAUUGAAGGGGCCAAAGAAGGAAAGGAUCAGAUCAAGUAUCUUCUUGUACUUGAUGAUGUAUGGGAUGUUACGGAAUGGGAGGAUCUAAAGCUUUGUCUGGAAGGAAUCAGUACAAAUGGCGGGAAUGGAGUUAUUGUGACAACACGCAAAGAAGAUGUAGCAUCAACAGUGCAAGCACGUUCGGAUCAAUGGCAUCAACCAGAAAAACUACAAGACGAAGAAUGUUGGUCCAUAAUUAAAGAACGUGCACUGAGAGACUCUCCAAUAUCUCACGGAUUAGAGCCUAUUGGAAAAGAAAUUGCUAAGCAGUGUCAAGGUGUGCCAUUAGUAGCUAACGUUAUUGGAGGGUUAAUGAGCAAAAUUGAAUUGAGUCCCCGCGCGUGGUUGGAAAUUCAAAGAAGUGGUGUAUGGGGUUCACCAGAAAGUGUGUUAAAAGUGGAACGUGUGUUAAAACUAAGUUUCGAUUGCCUGUCUUCUCCAUCUUUGAAGAAAUGUUUUGCGUACUGUGCCAUGUUUCCUAAAGAUUAUUGCUUUAAAAAAGAGGAAUUGAUCCAACUGUGGAUGGCUGAAGGAUUUCUUGGCACCUCUAUGGCAAUGGUGGAUAAUGGUAACAAAUACUUGAAUGAACUUUUAUCAAAUUCCUUAUUCCAAAAUGUUACGAGGGACACUUGCGGGAAUAUUCUCACACUCAAGAUGCAUGACUCAGUGCAUGAUUUAUCUUUGUCUGUGUCAAAGUUUGAUGCUUUGAUUUUCCGAGAAAAUUCCACUCCCAUCACAAAUGAGUGUUCUCAUAUUCGUCAUCUCAAUGUUGGAUGUGAUGGGGAAUCAUUGCCAAGAAUGUUGACAAUAGUUGCUCCGAAAUUAUUCUCGUUGUUUUCAGAGAUUGAUUUGUUCAAGAAGCUAUCAAAAAGCUUCAAAUUCAAAAGAUUAAGAGUCCUAAAGUUGGUCGGUACUUCUUAUAUUUUUGAGUUUCCAGAUUCCCUUGGAGAAUUGAAGCACUUGAGGUAUUUGGACAUCUCAGGGACUCGUAUCAGAGCACUGCCUAAGUCCUCAACAAAACUUUACCAUCUCCAAACAUUGAGGCUCUUGGGUUCAGUGAUAUUAACCUUUCCGGAUGGAUUGGAAAAUUUGAUAAGCUUGAAGCACUUGUAUUUUGAUACACAAGAUGUUCAACCAGAUAAUAUCGGAAACCUGACUUGUCUUCAAACAUUACCCGUAUUUUGUGUGGGUUUAGAAAGGGGACAUUCAAUUAAGGAGUUAGGAUCCCUAAACGAACUCCGUGGAGAAUUGGAGAUACGCCGUUUACAGUGUGUUAGAAACAAACAAGAGGCUAAUGGAGCAAAUCUACACCUUAAAGAAAAAUUAUGCAAGUUGAUAUUUGAUUUUAAAUGGAGUAGUAGUUAUAACAGUGAGGAAGUGAUGGAAGGUCUCCAACCCCACUCAAAAUUGCAAAGCUUAACUGUUAACGGUUAUGGAGGCAACAGCUUUCCCUCAUGGAUGUUAAGACCUGUUGGUGAUUCUGGUUUGUUUUUGCUUAACAAUUUGUUGGAGCUGGAGUUGUUCCGUUGCCACAAUUGUGAAAGUCUUCCACCUCUGGGCCAAUUGCAGAAUCUCCAGUUUCUUAAUUUGAGAAAUCUGCGGGAAGUGAAAGGCAUGGGUAGUGAAUUUUAUUGCAACAAAGGCAUUGAUGAUAUGAAUAAGGUGAUCAAGGUGUUUCCUGCAUUGAAAAAAUUCACCAUAAGCGGGAUGGAAAGACUAGAAGAAUGGACAGCAAUGACGGCCACAAAGACAAUCAUGUUUCCUUGCUUGGAGGAGCUGAAUAUUUGGAGUUGUCCUAAUUUAAGUUCAAUUCCAGAGUUGAAAGGAUUUUCCUCUCUUCAAAAUCUAUCAAUUGAAAGCUGCGCUGAGUUGGAAGUUAUUUCGAUGACCGGGGGAUGUUCAUCUCUUGAAAAGCUUAGCAUUCUUUUUUGCAAGAAAUUAAGCAAGAUUGGAGACGGAUUAUCUACCUCCACUUGUCUCAAAGAAUUAGAUCUAUAUGGUUGUCCUAAUUUAAGUUCGAUUCCAGAGUUGAAAGGAUUUUCCUCUCUUCAAAAUCUAUCAAUUGAAAGGUGCGCUGAGUUGGAAGUUUUUCCGAUAACCGGGGGAUGUUCAUCUCUUGAAAAGCUUAACAUUCACCUUUGCAAGAAAUUAAGCAAGAUUGGAGACGGAUUAUCUACCUCCACUUGUCUCAAAGAAUUAGAUCUAUAUGGUUGUCCUAAUUUAAGUUCGAUUCCAGAGUUGAAAGGAUUUUCCUCUCUUCAAAAUCUAUCAAUUGAAACGUGCAAUGAGUUGGAAGUUCUUCCGAUUACCGGAAGAUGUUCAUCUCUUGAAAAAGUUAACAUUUCCAGUUGCAAAAAAUUAAGCAAGAUUGGAGACGGAUUAUCUACCUCCACUUAUCUCAAAUAUUUACAUCUAUAUGAUUGUCCUAAUUUAAAGCCCAUUCCAAGUUUAGAUGGACUCUCUUCUCUCACAGAAUUAAAAUUGGACAAUGUAGGGGAAGGAUGGAGUUGUCUCCUACCAAAUAUGUUUCGAUCCAAUACUUCCCUUCGCAGUCUAAGAAUAUUAAAUUUGCCUGAUCUGAUACGGAUUCCAGAUGACAGCCUUGGUAGGCUUAAUUGCUUGGGAGAAUUAACCAUUGGUGGUUUCUCAGAAGAGCUGCAAGAAUUCCCAUUUCUCAGUUCCAUUCAAUAUCUCAGUGCCUCCCUUCGAGUUCUAAAGUUGAUUGGUUGGGAAAAGCUAAAGAGUCUUCCCCCCCAACUUCAAUUCCUCACUUCCCUUGAAGCUUUGACGAUAAAAGAGUUUCAAGGAAUAGAAGCCUUACCGAAGUGGUUGGGAAAUCUCUCUUCUCUAAGGUUUCUAAAUUUGAGUGGUUUUGAAAAGCUAAAGAGCCUUCCUCACCAACUUCAACUCCUCACUGCCCUUAAAGUUUUGAUUAUGUCGGGGUUUCAUAAAAUAGAAGCCUUGCCGGAGUGGUUGGGAAAUCUCUCUUCUCUAACGCGCCUGCAUAUCGAUUCAUGCAAUAAACUCAUGUACCUGCCUUCUGUAGAUGUUAUGCGAAGCCUCUCCAAAUUAAAUGAAAUUAGCAUUGCAGAUUGUCCUCAAUUUGAGAGAAACUCUGAAUGGUCCAAGAUUUCCCACAUUCCACAAAUAUAUAUUAAUUAUCGGAGGUUCGGGAUUUACCUCAUUCCGUAAAAAUAUAUUAAUUAUCAGAGCAUUUAGUUUGAGAAUGGAUACAUUGAAGACUCUGUUUGCGAACUGAAUGUAUGGACAGAAAAGGAGAUGCUGGUAGGGCUUGAUUCAGAGUGAAUUGUUCUCCUUUUCAACAUUGAAACAGACAACGUUGGUUCACCAAUGCAGUGUUGAUCAACGGGUUUAUCUGAUGUCUGUCUGAGCUGAUUUUUGGACAAUUGCUAGUAGGCUCAAGGGUUUCAAUUGUGCAAAGUUGGAUUUUUCAAUAUUAGUCAUAUUUGGGUGAUUCUCUCAACUUUUCUCUUUAGUUUGUUUGAGAUUAUUUGUUGAUACGCUUGUUGAAGUUGUAUGCUUUUUGUUGUGGUUUUGUACUAUGAUCGUGUAGUAAACCUUUGAAUAUAGUGAAGCUUUUAAGUGGACA